AUGAAGACCAACGGAGUUGCAAAAGCAGCUCUUGCAGUUGGACUUUCAGCCACUGCCCUUGCUCAGAAUUCUUGCGACAAAGUUCUUGUUCCGUCAUAUGACCUCCCCGUUGUGGCGGCUGGAUGGCAAGCCCAACUGAUCGCCGGCGAGUUGACCAAGCCCAGAAGCCUUCAGUUUGAUAGCUCGGGUGCUUUGCUGGUUGUCGAGAGCGGAAAGGGUAUCACUCGCCAUACACUCAAAGACAAUGGAGGCACUUGUAUCUCAGUCUCUGAGUCCAAGACGCUCAUCGAUGAGAAGACGCUGAACCAUGGCAUUGCCCUCUCCAAAGAUGGCAAGACCCUCUACGCAUCUUCCGCCUCAGCCGUCUACGCCUGGGACUACGACUCCAAGGCCGGCACCGUCAGCGGCAAGCGCGAGAUCGUCACCAACAUGAGCAACAACGACCUCGUCACCCGCACCCUCCUCCUCUCGCAGAAGGAAGACGGCUACCUGCUCGUCUCGCGCGGCAGCGCCGACGGCAACGAGGCGCAGGCCGAGGUCCUCAACAACGGCCUCUCGCAGAUUCGCGCCUUCGACAUCUCCAACGUCACCAGCUCCUCCACAAAGGCCUACAACUACAACGAAGACGGCGUCGUGCUCGGCUGGGGCCUGCGCAACUCGGUGGGAGUCGGCGAGCACCCCGUCACAGGCGGCAUCUACGCCGUGGAAAACUCCAUCGACGGCGUCACCCGCAACGGCAAGGACAUCCACGAGAACAACCCGGGCGAGGAGCUCAACUUCUUCGGCUACCUCAACGGUACCAAGGAGCACCAAGGCGGCAACUAUGGUUACCCCAAGUGCUUUGCCGUCUGGGACGUGUCCGAGAUUCCCGAGAACGACAACCUCAAGAUCGGCUCGCAAUUCGCCAUCACCGAGGAAAACGCGCAAACCAUCUCAGGCAACAAACUCACCGACGAAACCUGCGCCUCCGACUACGUGAGCCCCCGCCUCACCUUCCCGGCCCACUACGCCCCCAUCGACAUCAAGUUCGCUCCCAAGGGUGAUGUCGCGUACGUCACGUUUAGGGGGUCCUUCGACAAGACUGAUCCCGUCGGCUACCGCCUAUCUUCCAUCCAAUUCAACCCCACCACCGGCGAACCUACCAUCAGCGCCGAAAACAGCCGCGAUGCCCUCAAGGAUAUCAUCAUGAAUAAAGAUAACUCGGUCUGUCCCGAUAAGUGCUUCAGACCUGUGGGGAUGGCGUUUGAUUCCAACGAAAGGCUCUGGAUGACGAGCGAUUCGACGGGGGAGAUUUAUGUUUUGUUGAAGACGGAGGAAAGUCCGACGAGUACGGAGAAUGGGACGAUUGUUACGGGGACGGAUAGUCCGCAGAGCAGUGCGAGCGCGACCAAGGCGGGUGGGGAUGAUGAGAAUGCCGCAAGUGCGCUGUGGAACGGGUGGGAGACGAGGGCGUUGGUGGCAGCGGGGGUUGUGGGUGUGGCUGGGGUUUUGGCGUUGAUUUAGGGGGAGGGUGUGGUGGUGGUGAUGAUGAUCUGAGGGCGAGUUGGAGAAGGGGUGUGUUUGAGUGCACAUGCCAAGGUGUGGUCACUGAGAUGUUUCAUGAGAAUGAAUGAUGAUCAAGGUGUUGAGGCUACUACUACCGAAGCCAUGAUCUGUACAUUGAGAGACUAUGAUAUCAAUUAACAAUUCCCUACUGAAGUUGCACACACUG